AGCAGUGUUCAGUUUGGUCAUGUCUGCACUGGUGGGUGCUCGACUGCUGCUGCUGCUGCUGUGGGCCGGCGCCUGCCUGGGGCUGGCCCGCGGGGAUCUGCUUGUCUCCGACCUCGUGGACACACAGGCCGCCGACAGUGGACCUAGAUCUCUGCAGAAACGGAGCACCAGCGAUGUCUGGGUGGAGGUGCACAGCGUGAAGGUGGACUGUGUGGUGACGUCACGCUUCGCUCACACCGUCAUGACCUCCACCGCGCUCAACAAAGCAAACGUCUCCAAGGAGAUCUCCUUCGAAGUGGACCUUCCCAAAACGGCCUUUAUCACCAACUUCACCAUGGAGAUCGAAGGUCGGGAGUACGUCGGGCAGGUGAAGGAGAAAGAAAAAGCCAAGAAGCAGUAUGAGAAGGCGGUUUCCUCGGGACAGACGGCCGGAUUGGUCAAAGCGUCCGGGAGGAAGAUGGAGAAGUUCUCUGUCUCUGUCAACAUCGCAGCAGAGAGCAACGUCACCUUCAUCCUCACCUACGAGGAGCUCCUGCAGAGGAAGAUGGGUAGCUAUGAGAUUCAGACCCGAGUUAAGCCCAAGGUCCCAGUGCAGGAGUUCCAGAUCGUCACCACCAUCUACGAGCCUCAAGGGAUCUCCUUCGUGGACGCUCAGGCUAAUUUCCUCACCAACGAUCUGCUGCCUCUGGUGGAGAAAACAGUCACGGACAAAAAGGCUCGCAUCUCCUUCUCGCCCACGCUGGAGCAGCAGAGGUCCUGUCCGGCCUGCGACACCUCUCUGAUCGACGGAGAUUUCAUCAUCAAGUAUGACGUCAACCGGGCCAAGAGCCUCGGAGACAUCCAGAUCGUAAACGGAUACUUUGUGCAUUUCUUUGCACCUCAAGAUGUUUCCACCAUUCCCAAAAAUGUGGUGUUUGUCAUUGACCGCAGUGGCUCGAUGAGCGGAGUGAAGAUGGCGCAGACUCGAGAGGCCAUGCUUGCCAUCCUGGAUGACCUUCAAGAGGACGACCACUUUGGUAUCGUCCAGUUUGAUGACAGGGUGCUUCGAUGGAGAGAAUCGCUGGCCAAAGCUACCAAAGACAACGUGACGGAGGCCAAGACCUACGUCAGAUCAAUCACAGACUACGGAGGGACGGACAUCAAUUCCGGGGUGUUAAGUGGGGUAGACUUGAUCGUGAACGACAGGAAGAACAACAAGUUGCAGGAGAGAAGCAUUGACAUGGUGAUCUUACUGACCGAUGGGAUGCCCAACUCUGGAGUCUACCAACCUGAAGCCAUCUAUCGGAACGUGCGGGAGGCGAUCGGCGGGAACAUGUCUCUCCACUGUCUUGGGUUUGGGGACAAUGUGGACUACUCCUUCCUGGAUGUGAUGAGCAAGCAGAACAAGGGCAUUGCACGUCGGAUCUACGAGGCCUCGGAUGCAGUGGUGCAACUCCAGGGUUUCUUCGACGAGGUGGCCAGCACCCUGCUGCUGGACGUGGACAUGCGUUACCCCGCCAACACAGAAUACCUCACCACCAACCACUUCGACCAGCUGUUCAACGGCUCUGAGAUUGUGGUGGCAGGCCGGGUGACCGACAACGACCUGGACAACUUCCUGGUGGAGGUUUACGGUCAGGGGCUUGAGGAAGACUUCCUGGUGAAGGAGCAGGUCAAUGUUCUGGACUGGGCCACCAUCUACCCGGACGAGGAGUACAUUUUUGGGGAUUUUGUGGAGCGCCUGUGGGCUUACCUCACCAUCCAGCAGCUUCUGGACAAGAGCAAGAGUGGCACAACCGACGAAAAAGCCAACUCCACAGCGAAGGCCCUGCAGAUGUCCCUGGAUUACAGUUUUGUGACCCCACUGACUUCCAUGGUGGUCACCAAACCCGAGGCUGAAGACGGUCCCACUGGUCCUCUUAUCGCCGACAAACUGACAGAGGAGCAAAGACAGGCGGCGGAGAGACUUGGACAUAACCAGCACGUGCAGUAUCACUACGCUGCUCCUGCCUCACCGGUGUACCUGGUCGACGGAGAUCCACACUUUCUGAUUGAGCUGCCGGAGCGAAGAGACGCUUUGUGCUUCAACAUCAACGACAACCCGGGAACCAUUUUCAACCUGGUUAAAGACCCAGAGCUUGGAAUUCUGAUAAAUGGCCAGACCAUCGGUGACAAGAAGGUCUCAGCCAACAGCACCAUCAACACCUACUUCUGGCGGUUCGGCAUCAUCCAUCAGAAGUAUGGGCUGAAAAUAGAUGUGACCACUCGGUACAUCACCGUGUUCCAGAAUGACAAGCGGAUCAAGCUCUUAUGGUCCGAUUUGGGCUCCAUCAAAGGACCCAAUGUGGAUCUUCACUUGGCGAAAGAUCGGAGCCUCACCAUCACUCUCAGAGAUUCCGUCAAAUUUGUGAUCCUGCUGCACAAAGUCUGGGAGAAGCAUCCGCUGCAUCGCGACUACCUGGGCUUCUACACUGUGGACAGUCACCUCAUGUCCCCCAUGGUUCAUGGCCUCCUGGGUCAGUUCUAUCGAGGUGUCCAGUAUGAGGUGACGAACCUGCGUGAAGGUGAAGUCCCAGAGAAACCUGAUGCCACCAUGUUUGUGAAGGGACACCAGCUGAACGUCACCAGAGGCUGGCAGAGAGACUUCAGGAGGGACUUGAAGAAUGGAGAGAGCGUCCCCUGCUGGUUCGUUCACAAUAACGGGACUGGCCUGGUGGAUGGAGCAGCUGAGGACUAUGUAGUGUCGGGUCUGUUUAAGACGCGCUAGAGGCAGAGGAAGUCACAGUUUUGUUUCGCCAUCAUCUGUUGUACUCUGUGACUAUGCAUGUCUUCAUUCACUCAUGAUGACAAUAAAAGUCCUUUGGAGUCUGGAAACACAUGCUCCUGAUUCA